GUCCCAGCUCAGAGCUACAGCAGCAGCAGCAGCAGCGGCGGCGGAGCAGCAGGAGGCUACCAUACCAAAGCUGGGGAGGACCAGUGAUACAGCAAAAUCAAGAGCCGCUUUGAGGAUACAAACGAACGGAUUAAAACCCCAUCUCGCUGCGUCUCAGCGAUCGUUUUUGGAUCUACAACUACUGACGAAAGGUCGUUUGUUUUAGUUUUGUUUCCUUUUAGAAUUGGCGAUGACGUUACUGUUCUGUCAGGCUAGCAUCCACAUCGGCUGCCUUAUUUAGCAGCGAAUCUGCUUUUUAGCUCAAGUUUUCGUAUCGUCUCUUUGUGAAGACCGACACGAUGUUAGCUGGCGUGUCUCAAAAGCGAUAAGGGUGAACACUGGCUGCUUCCAACAGGCGUCAGCUGACGUUAGCUCGCUAGCACCAGCCUCCCCGGGCUAGCUGUCACCGGCGAACGCGGAGUCGCCCGUGAGAUAAAAUAUUAGCCCAACUUUUUCGCUAUCGUCGAACGCUUAGUUUGAAUAUUUAUUUUUUUUGGUCGUGUUGUAAGCAGACUGUGUCAAGACGGCGCCGCUAACGAACUGCAACGUUAUUGUAUACUGUCAGAGAGCAACCACCCCCCGGAUUCUCUCCGAAUGCAUCAUCCGGACCCUGCUGAAGACUCCAGCGGUGUUAGGAAGAUGGCGCACCCGCCUGUCUUCCAGAGGAGGGGUAGCAACACGGGCAGUAGCGGGACUGCAUUGUCAACACCGGCGAAUUCGGUGGUCACCAAUAGCCACGUCUCAGCCGAGGAUUAUCAAGCCUCACUGUUGAUUCAGUGCCAAACUUCUGCUGGCUCAUCCUCCCCAGGCCCCCAUCAUCCGUCUUCUCCCCACAGUCUGAAUUUACAUUCCCAGCCCACACAGUCAGCCGGGGCUCAGGUGAAGAAGAAGAGUGGCUUUCAGAUCACCAGUGUCACUCCAGCACAACUGUCUGUGAGUACUAAUAACAGUAUUGCGGAGGACACGGAGAGCUAUGAUGACCUGGAUGAGUCUCACACGGAGGAUCUGUCGUCUUCUGAGAUCAUGGAUGUGUCUCUCUCCCGGGCUAAUGACAUCGUUGGGGCAGAGCGGAGCUCCUCAGAAGAAACCCUGAAUAAUUUCCAUGAGGCUGAGACCCCUGGCGUGUUGUCUCCCAACCAGCCCUCCCACCCUCUGAAUCAAACUUCGCAUCACGGUGGGGGAAUGGUGAAUGGCACGGGGCCUCACCACCACCACCACCAUCAUCACCAUCACCACCACCCUCAUCAUCAUCAUCAUAAUUCUAACAAUGCCCAGUCCUACGCUCUUUCAUCUGGGCCUGUGAGCACCCCACCUGUUCUCGCCACUUCUGCAACUCAGAAAAUGCCUUCAAACAUGGCAGUUACUCAAGAGACUGCCCCUCCAAGUGUUCAAUCGCAGCCUGCCGGGGUUGCGGCCCCAGGAUCUGUUCCAGGAAUGCCCAGCUCGGCUACAGGCACUUCAGCUAGCAUACUUAAUUCCCAGACCAGCAGUGUUAGUAAUGUGAAUAUGUUGAGCUCUGCCAAAGUGCCUGUGAGGGGAGAAGCAAACAUGAGUACAAGCAGUAGCAGCGGUGGCUUUUCUGCUAAUAUGAUCAGCAGUGGAGGUAGCGCCGUUGCUGCUGCGGGAAACUUUAUGACCACCUCUAAUGUUGCUAUUAGUCAGCAACAUCAAAACAUCCCCUCUAACAUCACCAUGACGACCACAACUACUGCUGCUGUCAAUAACUCUGGGGGAUCUGGAGUCUCCAGGGGAAGUCAAGGAAAACUUGGAUCUGUUGUGCAGCAACCUGUGACCGCUGCUGUUACAGCUGCUCCUGCGACAGCUGUGCGGUCUACUGCCGCCCCUGCUGCGUCCACCACAGCAGCAGCGACCAGCUCCCGCUUCAGGGUGGUAAAGUUGGACUCUAGUUCUGAACCAUUCAAGAAAGGAAGAUGGACUUGCACUGACUUUUAUGACAAGGAGCCCCCGGUCUCUGCUCCCAGCUCCUCCACGUCUGAACCUGCCUCCAAUGGAUUGCGUCAGAUUGUUUCAGAAGGCUUUGCCGGAGGCUCAGAGAGGGAAAGCACAAGUGGUAGCUCCGUGAGUAGCACUAUGAGUACUUUAGGUCAUUAUAUGGAAAGUGUUAGUAACGUUGAGUCUGGGGGAGCACCACCCCUCCAACAAGCCCAGGAUUACUCGUCCCCUCCUCAGGGAUUUCAAGCAAUCCUCCCUGGUGGCUUAAGCAUGACUUUGUCUCAAAACCAACCUCACAUGGACAUGAACCAUUGUCAUAUCAAGACUACCGUUGCUCCUUCAUCUUCUGCAACCAUUCAUCAGUCUGCAGCUAUGUCUGGCCUCCAAACCGCCAUGGGUCUCCCAAUGACGGCGGUACCCCAGCAACAGCAGCUUACCUACGCGCAGGCAGUUGCUAAUCAAACCUCCCAACAGGGCCUGGUGGGUGUACAGCAGCACAAGGUGACCUAUCCCUCUUUGCCGCAACAAUCUACCACCAUGCAAGCUGCUCCUGUGCAGGUGAGGCCUUCUGAAUACAACCAGCCGCAUCAACUCAUAUCUCAGCCACCCGCUGCUCAACCUCUGCUCAACCAAACUGGAUCUGCUGCCUCUGGGCCUCCUAACGGAGCACCGCAAAUGCUAGCAGGCCCGCAGCCCACCCAGGCUCAUGUCCGAACCCAACCCCAGCAGUCUGUGCAUGUUCAACCUACCAAUGUGGGCCUACCAGGGCACCAACAAAGUCAUCCUACUCACCUCGAUUGUCAGCAACAGAAGCCACAGUCCUUCCCUACACAGAUCCCAAACCCUGGGUUAGCCACCCAGAAUCCCACAACAAUCUCUCAGACCCAGGUCUCUGCAACAAGUGUGCCUCUGAUCAACACUCAAAUUGACUCCCAUUCCCAUAUGCAAGCUCAAAAUGCUGGAUAUACGAGUGGAAUUGUCCCCCAAGGAGCUGCCCUAAGUCUUACCCAGGACCAAAGCAGUGCCCAGGCGAUAGCCCAUGCUGCGCAGGCGAGUGCCCUCUAUGCCAGUCUGCCCACUUUCACCACGACUCAGCUGCAGGACGCACAGAGACUGCUUCUCCAGCACCAGUCAGCUCUACUGGGGCUGCCAAAGCUGUCUGUUGGAGAUCCUGGAUCAGCACCUGGCACCUGCCAGGGUCAAGACGUUGAUGGCAACGUCACCUCUGCCAGUGCCUUAACUGCGUCAGCUGGCCUCAAGUCUGCAGAAGGCGAGGAAGAUGGUUCGUCGGGAGCCAGUGUUGUGGCCAUCGACAACAAAAUUGAACAAGCGAUGGAUCUGGUGAAGAGCCACCUGAUGUAUGCGGUGCGGGAGGAAGUGGAGGUCCUGAAGGAGCAGAUCAAGGAGCUGAUCGAGCGCAACACCCAGCUGGAGCAGGAGAACACGCUGCUGAAGACGCUGGCCAGCCCGGAGCAGAUGGCCCAGUUCCAAGCCCAGGUCCAGACCGGCUCCCCGCCCACCGCGCCCAUCGCCGUUGGCCAAGCCACCUCGCACAACUCCGGCCCGCCGGCGUAGCCCGCCCCCCCAACCAUUCCACUGACAUUACCCGCCGCUGCCACCAAGGGCCGCUCAGACCAGAUUUUGCACAUAUUUAUCCCUCAGAAGGAUGCUAGCGGGGGCCGCCGGACAAUCGCUGUUUUUGGGGCGGGGGUGGGGCUCACUGUCGGAGAACCUUUGCCAAAUAACCCUUGGACAUAUCAGCAAGAAUGUCUUAUCAAGAAGCAAAUCAGUGGCGAUGAUAUACUCUAGAUACAAAAAAAUCACUGUGCCUGUGUCCGAAUUUAAGGUGAUGUCGAUUUUUACUAGCGAUGCAGCUGGAGGAGACGGAGGACCACGACGGUUGUUUGUUACUUUUUUCUUUUUUUUUUGUUUUUUUGUUGCUGAAUGAUGGACUGUAAAUAGGUGCAGCACCCUCUCUCUCUCUCUCUCAAGGCUUUAUGUUACAGGCAGAGAACCAUGCAAGAGUCAAUAAAGCCUUUUCAGAGUGACAAAUGAAGAAUGUGAGUAAAUAUUACUAUGACAAGGCCCCAUCUGGAAUGGGGGGGGUGUGAGGGCAGGAAGGGGGUUAAGGAGGGGCGGGGAUUCUUGAACAACAGCGGCAUUGAUGACGUUACUGCGCCUGUGGUUUCUUAUGGGAAAUGAUGAUAUAUAUUUUUUUGCCUGGGAAAAAGUCAUCAGUGCUCCGCAGCUGUGCCGUGGCAUGAAAAUCAAACCUUUGACGGAAAACUAAAGCAACGCUGCAUUUUUUUUCCUUUCAUACGACGGUCAGAAGAUGAUGUAUAUUUCUGUAUAGUGUAAAGUAUCUUGUAAAAUCGGGAGAGGACGGCGACGAACAAAAGGCGCCAUCUAGGUCGGGCGGAUGCGGAGCUCUCGGCGUCUAUUUUUAAUGCUGUAUUUUCAUGAGAGGACGAGCAGGAGGUUAUUUAACCGACGACACGCAGCCAACAACUUACUGUAAAACCCUUUGGUUUCGGAUGUAUUGCACCUUUUUUUGUUUUUUGACAGUGACAAACUUCUGGAUGAACAAUAACUUAAAUAGCAACAAAACAAACUGGUGAUUUUUUUUUGUUUUUUGUUUGUUUUUUUUUCUUCAGUGUAACAGUUGUAUGCUCAUGUUCUGUGCAUGUUUCCGAAAAGCCCGGAUAUUGUAACAUACAUACCACAUUGCACUUGAAAGCUGCACCUCACAACUUUCAAUAAACUUGCUUAAGGAAGAUGAGCCUUUGACCUUUG